AUGGAGGACAGGUCCUGGGGAAUGAGGGGGAAGGGACGAGGCCGGAGGGGGAGACCUUCCUUCCUCUUGGGGGGGGGGGCCUCUGGGGCGGCGCUGUCCCUCUGCCUGCCUCCUCCUCCUGGGCGGCACCUGUUCUGGGUGCCCUGCUCGGGUCCAGCGCUCCAUGUUGUGCCUCUCUGCCUCUGGGAGGAGGAGGGAGACGAUGAACCCUUUGGAGGGCCCCCCUCCGCCUCGCGUCCUCCUCCGGCGCGAGAGCUGCUGCUGGACUCCGACGCCUCCGCCGCCGUCUAUGGAGAGCCCCGGAGCCUGCUCUUCCCCGUCGGGGCUUGCUAUGGCGGGGAGCCUGCUCUGAUGGGGAGCCCAGGAGCAGGAGGGGGAGUCGGAGGGGGCAGCCAGCCUGCUCCCUGCCUGUGGCCCUCCUCCUCCUCCUCGGGGCCCUCGCCGCUGCCCUUCCUGGCUGCCGCCCCGUCUGCUCCGGAGCUGGGCUGCUGGCUCUCCCGCCCUCCCUACUCCUACUCGGCCCUGAUCGCCCUGGCCCUGCAGAGCGCCCCCUCCAGGAAGAUGACCCUCAGCCAGAUCUACCAGUUCGUGGCCGGGCGAUUCCCCUUCUACCGCCGCAGCAGCCACGCCGGCGGAUGGCAGAACUCCAUCCGACACAACCUCUCCCUCAACGACUGCUUCACCAAGGUCCCCCGGCACCAGGACGACCCCGGUAAAGGCAAUUAUUGGACCCUGGAUCCAAACUGUGAGAAGAUGUUUGACAACGGCAACUUCAGAAGGAAAAGGAAAAGACGAUCUGACGCUGGCAAUGGACCCGGAGCACCCAGCAAAGUGGAGGAUAAAAGCAGCAGUUGUGCAGUCCCACAAGCCCUUGAACCCCACAACUUGGGCUCAGUUCCUCUGCGAUGCUCUCCAGGUCUGAUGACUGACUGCAAAUCCCCCAGCCUGAGCUCCAGUCGUUGUUUCUCCACAUUUGUUUCUGCCAUGAAUGCCGUAGCCCAUAGUCGGAAUGGUUUUUCCAGGCAGUUUUUUGGUGGUCCAGGGUCUGAAUUUAUACCUGGCAGGCAGAAUGGGCCUGGCCUGAGUUCUUGUUCUGUUUCCCACAGCAGCCCACCCACAGGAUUCGAACUCAGUUCUCAGUCCAACACUAGGAUGAAUUACUAUGCAGGCACUAGUGGACAGUCGAAUUGCCUCAGCACCCCGGGCCUGAGUACCUUCAGUGUGAACAAUCUGAUCUAUAGCAGAGAAGGGACAGAGGUCUGA